AUGCUCGUGUACGUGAAGGGCGCCUCCGAGCACGUCACGCAGACCACGCUGGAGCAGGUCCGCCUCGCGCUGGACAAGGGCCGGUGGCGUGACGGCUCUUACGAGGCGGGCUUGGUGAGAGCCGAUGGCUGCGUGGCCCGAAUGGUGCGCCUCGCCAUUACGGCGGACUGCUGGGACUCCGUCAAGAAGGUCGUGCCGCCAGCCGAGCUUUCGGUCAAGCGGCAGUUGGAGGAUUUGAGUAUCCCAGAGCCUGGCUCAGUUCGGGUCACCAGCGAUGGCAAGAUCUUCUUGGAGACCUCUAUGGAGGUCCUUGCCGAGCGCGUGGUGUGCCUGUCCAUGGUGGAGCGGGUCUUCCUUUGCCUUCGCGAGGAGGAGCUCAGUGAGGAGCACCAGCUGUUCCGGGACGGGCCAAAUUAUUGGCUCCUCCAGGAGUGGAUUCGUGGAGUGAACUGGGCGGCAGCCUUCAAAGUCAUCGAUGAGAUGCAUGGACAGCGGCCCCGUGCAUGGAUGCUGGAUUCAAAGAGGCAUGGCUCGAGGGGAUCCUCAAUGAGAGCUUUUGACCGGCUCAUCAUGCAGCAGAAGGUCCGUGACGUGCUGCACCAGCUGCUGCCCGAGUUUGGCUGCGACCAUCACCCGUACAACGCUGAUCUGAUGGUCUACGUUUUCAUCAGCGCCACCCUGGGCUUUGUGGGGGUGCCGCUGUUGCAUCGCCGCGUCAAGCAGGGCUACUUCCCGCACAAGGGCUUGCACCACAGCCUGUGUUGGGGGCUGGCCGCCACAGCUGGCCUCAAGGCUGGUGAGAUGGUCAUUGACCCCAUGGCAGGCAAAGGUGUAGUCCUUUUGGAGGCGGCCGCAUUUUGGCCGGCCUGCUGCUACCAGGGCCUUGAGCUGGACGUGCAGCAGCUUGUGCAGGCACAAGCAAAUCUGUGUUAUGCACAAGAACGUGGAGUCUUGCCGCUGGGGCAGUCAGUGGGUUUUGUCCGCGCGGAUUGCCGCAAUCUCCCAUUGGCAGAUGGAUCGGUGGAUGUUGUACUGAGUGACUUGCCCUACGGCCGGCAAUACGGCUCGGAGGAAGAGAAUCAUGCACUUUAUGCGGCAGCGCUUCUGGAGAUUGCGCGAGUGCUGACUGUGAAGGGCCGAGCCGUUCUCAUCACCAGCGAUACCGACUCGAACAACGAAGCAAUGGCGGCAGCGACCUUGCGAGCACAACUGCACACGGUUCGACGCGUAGGCUUCCGCUUUGGUGGGAACAAGGACCGCGUCCGCUGCGCAAUGUACUGCCUUGUCACUCAAGCUACAGCCAGCACGGCCAAGACAGCGGACCUCUUUGAUUGGAGCUGCAUUCGCCGAGUGGAAGCAACGCCAGGGUUCGUAUGGAAGGCAGCCAAGCCUUUGCUGCAAGUGUAUGUCCCCCUGAAGGCGACUGGCGGUCAGGCACGGGAAAGGGUGCUUCGCCAGAAAGAUGGGGGUGCGAGCAAGAUGCAAGCAUUUGCACACGCAAGACCCGCGCUGGAGUGUUACGCCUUGGACGAGCUUGGAAUUGCGUGCUCCUUGUAUCGCAUCGCGGGGCGGCGCAUCCCUAUGCUAUGA